AUGUUUGUUACAUCAGCAGAAUAUAAUGGGAAGAACAAAUACACUUUAAAUGGUUGGAUUUCAUUAAUUGUGUUAUGUAUUGUAUCGAUACUUUCAACUGUCAUUGUUGUAGUCUUGUCUGCGCGAGGACAGCAUGUUUUUUCAAGAAAUACAUCGGACCAUACACAUAACAUGAAAUUAAGAUUCAUGUACCUUUUUGGUGUUGGAAUCUGGACACAUUACAUCAUUGGUAAUAGUGUCUUGCAUGCUGCAAGUAGUAACCCGUCAAACAUUUCGUGCUUUGCUUCAAAUCUGUAUAGAAAAUCAAGACUUAUGAUGGAGCCAAUGGUCCUAGAGUACUCAUUACUUGCAAACCUUUUAAUACUUGGCAUGUGGCCAAAAGAGCAAACUCAUGAACAAAGUAUGAACGAUUCACAUCCGGAAUACGAAACAAUGGAAAUGUCACCACUGUUACUUCAAUACAGGUCUAAAAGAUCAGGAAUAAAGUUUUCAGUUUUUUGUGCAUUAAUUGGAAUCUUAAUAAUGUGUCCCGUCAUAGUGUUUAGGAUUCUUCACAUCCAUAGGGAGAACGGUAAAUCGAUAGAAGUCCUUGCUAGUUAUUCGUUUUCAAAUACAGCUUUGAUAUGUUUAACAAUUAAGUGCUUACAUUUAUUAUCGAUUGAAUGUCGUCAUGUCAACAAUAACACUUCCCAUUCAUCUGAGCAUACCGUUUUGUUAUUCGGAUCAAGUGGAUAUAUGUUCUUUGUGACUUUAUCCCUCUUUAAUGACAUCCAUAGAAAUGAUAACGCAGAACUAUUAACACGAGUUUUAGCUAUUUAUAUGGAAUUGACAUUCAUAGUAUCUUGUUUUUUACAGUGUAUUCUCAUUUUAGAGGCAGAUAAAUGUGUAAAGAUUUAUAAAACAGACAAAUUAUUUUUCAUCUCAGUAGAAAAUAUAUGUUUAAUGUUAGGGUUUAUACAUUUAGGAAGCUGGUUUGACAGUACAUUUCUUUCAGAAUCUUACAGUAUGCCUGGAGGUAACGAAGCUGUAUUUUAUAGUAAGAGAAUGUAUUCAAUGUUGUUUACCAUUUUCUUUCCGUUUAGAGUUUUUUUUCAUUUCAAAUGUUUCAUAUUCUUUUACGGCAUGUAUAGAAGGUUUAAAAGAUUACAAUAAUUAAGAAAUUAGCUGUAUUGGACACAACUGUUUUGAAAUUUUGGAUCCUCAAUGCUCUUCAACGUUUUACCUGUUUGUCUUAAUAACUAUUUUGAUCUGAGAGUCACUGGUUAAUCUUAUGUAGAUGUAAAAUUAUAAUCCGGGUAACUUUGAUAACUAUAUGUAGCCACUAUAAAGUACAUUGACUACAAACAGAAGUAGUUUGUCAGCAUGAACGAAGUACAUGUAUAUCAGGUGCAGAAAAAGUCUGAAAGUGAUAUGCUGCUUUAGGUUGAUUAUCCUCGCACUGACAAAGGCUUUCAUUGUUAUAAUACUUUUUUCAGUUCGCUGAAGUAAAGAAGGAACUUAUUUGAUUGGUUGUUAUGACUGUAUCACAACAAAAAGUAUUGAUGUUGUAACUAUGUGUUAUAUGGUAUUUUAUCUGUGUAAAACCACUUUUCUAUCUUCCGUCUUUAGUCUACCUUUUAAC